AUGGUUCUCCGAGACGAAAAGCGCCGGCGAACGCACGACGAGAACACGCCAGCCCGUAGACCAGGUGGCUCGCGCACACCCCUAACGAGCUCUCGGAACGUCCUGCGCUCAUCAACAAACACGCACACUUCGUCUCGCACGGCAACACCCAAUCGACCCCCUACUACCACUGCGAGUAGCGUCCGCCGACCACGGAGACAGGCGACGGACGAGAAUGCGGUCCCCACCCGAACGACAGAAGCGAAGGAGAAGGGAAGCCGGAGGGCGCUCGGCCUCGGCGAGCCGUCCACGGCGCCGUCGGGAGGUGUGGGUGUGCCCGGUAAGACGGCGCGGAGGGCGGCCCUGGGCCAGAUCAGCGAGCAGGCAGCGCAGACGCGGCCGAUACUCGGACGUCCGCUCCCGCGGCCGGCCGUAGAACCGAAACUGUCGCGGCCAGAACCACGACGACAGAACACGGCUCCGCUCUCGUCCUCUUCGAGCGUCAACAUCUCAAAGCCGCCCCCAGAGGCGCCGCACAAGGCCGGCCCCUCGAAGAGCGCGCCCCGCACACCCCUCGGCUCUGUGCGUCGUAACUUGUUUUCUCCCGAGACGAACCCCUUCGAACUCAACGAGGACGAGCGCGAGCGUCUCGCCACCCUCGGCGCGACGACGAAACGCACAAAACCGCCGCCCAUCACGCCUCGGGCGCAGAUCGGGCCCGCUGCCCGUCGUCGACGCCUGCCUCCCCUCCCGGAACCGCCCACGGCCCAACCAGCCGAGGGCCAUCCGUACUCUACCCAUCCCCACCCUCCCGCAAAAAAGGAGAAAAGGAAAAUCAACGUGCUCGAGGAUCCGGAGGAGUGUCACUCCAAAGCCGUCGAGGGGGCCGAGAGAUGGACGCCGAGUCCCGAGACGCACCGCACGGCUGUGACUGAGAGGAGACUGUUGCGCGAGGCCUUUGCGCCCGAGCCCGAUGACGGGUUCGAGAUCAGCUUUGAGAUGGAUGUGGAGCUGCCAGAACUCGAUUUGGAGGAUGACGCGUUCCUCAUCUAA